AUGUCGUGCCGCGCGUCCGCCGAGGCGGCCAGCAACAGCGCCCCGGCGGUGGUGUCCAAGGAGGGCGAGGUGCGGGCGGCGCUGUCCCCCAUCAUCGACCCCGACUUUGGCAUGAACAUUGUGGACGGCGGGUUCUUCAAGGACCUGGCCGUUGACGGUGAGGCGGGCAGCGUGGCCUUCCGCCUGGAGCUCACCACCCCCGCCUGCCCCAUCAAGGACGACUUCGAAAAGGCGGCACGCGAGUACGUGACUGCGCUGCCCUGGGUGAAAAGCCUGGACCUGAAGAUGGACGCCCGCCCGCCGCAGCCGCUGCUGCCCGACGACAGCCGCCCCAGCGGGCUGCGCAGCGUGUCGCACGUCAUUGCCGUGUCCAGCUGCAAGGGAGGUGUGGGCAAGUCCACCACCGCCGUCAACCUGGCCUACACGCUGGCCCAGAUGGGGGCCAAGGUGGGCAUCUUUGACGCAGACGUGUACGGCCCCUCGCUGCCCACCAUGAUCAGCCCCGAGAUCCGGGUGCUGCAGAUGAACCCGGAGACAAAGGCCAUCACGCCGGUGGAGUAUGAGGGGGUCAAGGCGGUGUCGUUUGGGUUUGCGGGGCAGGGCAGCGCCAUCAUGCGUGGACCCAUGGUGUCAGGCCUCAUCCAGCAGCUGCUGACCACCAGCGAGUGGGGCGCGCUGGACUACCUCAUCGUCGACUUCCCGCCCGGUACCGGCGACAUCCAGCUCACGCUGUGCCAGUCGGUGGCCUUCUCCGCCGCCGUCAUCGUCACCACCCCGCAGAAGCUGGCCUUCAUCGACGUGGCCAAGGGCAUCCGCAUGUUUGCCAAGCUCAUGGUGCCGUGCGUGGCUGUUGUGGAGAACAUGUCUUACUUUGACGCAGACGGCAAGCGCUACUUCCCGUUCGGCAAGGGCUCGGGCGAGCGCAUCCAGCACGAGUUUGGGCUGCCCAACCUGGUGCGCUUCCCCAUCGUGCCGGAGCUGUCGGCGGCGGGCGACGGCGGGCGGCCGGUGGUGGUGCAGGACCCGGCGGGGCCCACCUCGCAGGCCUUCCUGGAGCUGGGGGCGGCGGUGGUGCGCGAGGUGGCCAAGCUGCGGCGCGUACCGCAGAACUGCGUGCGGUACGACCAGGAGCUGGGCGCGCUCGUGGUGCGCCUGCCCAACACCGAGGAGGACUUCUUGCUGGACCCCGCCACUGUGCGGCGCAACGACCAGUCUGCCGCCUCCAUCAAUGAGUGGACGGGGGAGCGCACGCUGAGGGACAGCGACAUCGCUGACGACAUCCAGCCCGUGGGCGUGCAGCCGGUGGGAAACUACGCGGUGCAGAUCAACUGGCAGGACGGCUUCAGCCAGAUUGCGGCGUAUGAGCUGCUGGACGCGCUGCCGCGGCUCAGCCCCGACGACGCCCUCGCGCGGCAGCAGCUGCGGGCGCGCCUGGCGGGCAUCGUGAGCGGCAGCGGCGGCAGCGGCGGCGAGCCCGAGGGCGGGCCCUCGGCCGCGCAGCAGAUCCUGCAGAAUGCGCAGGGGGCGCCCUCGGCUCAGAGCGCCCCCCAAAACUGA